UCCGCUGUCGCGAGCAUAUCGCGGGUCUGCGAAUGGGUCGCGUUUCUUGCAUGGUUUCUCCGCAAUUGAAUUUAUCAACCCCACAUUAACCCUGACGAUCUUCGUUGAAUCCUAUAUUUUCUGAAAAGUAAGAUUAAACAACAUGACGUCCAACGGAACAAGUCUUGUCGGCAGCAUGCUAAAGUUUGCUAAAUUAACAGACAAAGCACAUGCACCAACAAGAGGCUCCGCUGCCGCAGCCGGCUUCGAUUUACGAAGUGCCUACGAGUACAUCAUACCAGCAAACGGCAAGGAAAUCAUAAAGACGGACCUUCAAAUUGAAGUUCCUCCAGGUACUUAUGGGCGGGUUGCACCAAGGUCGGGUCUGGCCUGGAAAUAUCAUAUUGAUGUUGGUGCUGGUGUGAUAGACGCUGAUUAUAGAGGCAACAUUGGAGUGAUGCUCUUUAACCAUAGCAACGAAGAGUUUAAAGUCUCCCCGGGAGACCGAGUGGCGCAACUGAUUUGUGAGAAAAUAGUCUAUCCAGAACUACUAGAAGUUGAAAGCUUGGAAUCAACAAAACGAGGUGCUGGUGGGUUUGGUUCAACUGGAAUUAUUUAAAGACAGAUUUUGAAGUACUUGUGUUUUUUAUGUUUUAAAGGCAAAGUACUUCGUUGAUUUCUUUUUAAUGUAACUUCAAGUGUUUCUAUUAUUUUUUUAAGAAAAAUGUAUAUUUGUGUUAAACUUAAAUCAACUUUGUAAGAAUUGUAUGUAAGGUCAGCUCAGACUCAAGUGGUUUGAUUAUCAUUAUCAGUAUUAGUAAGGUGUAUUGGCGAUUCGUUUAAAUUGUAUUAUGUCUAAUUUAUGUACCAAAACAAAGGCAAAUAAAUCUUUAAUUUGUUCUUA